AUGGCCACCAAUCAGAUUGCCUUAGCUGCAGUGACUACAGCUGUGAGCAGGUUAGGGGAAAACCUGGACCAGUAUGUCACUGAUAUCCUUUUCCCAAAUGACCAAAGACAGCAUCUCAAAGUCCUCAUAGAUGCUGUCAGAAAAAUUAAGAAGAUGGUUAAGAAUGCUGAACCUCCUGCCUCAGACACAGUACGGCGCGAGAUUGAGGGCAAGUUAGAGAAAUGCAGAAAUCAGCAAAACAAUCCAAAUUCAUCCCAGUACCGGGCAAACUACUCAGAAUGGGAUGAUGACGAGGUGAUGAUGGCUGCUUCCCCAAUGCAGGAAGACACCACUCUUGGAGUAGAGAGAAUACGAUCACCAUCAAACUAUUAACUUACUGCUUCUUUCUCAUUAGUCAUUACAGGAUUUUUAUGUAAUGAAAAGUGUGAAAGUAAUUUCUGAAAAUUAAAGGAAAAACUUGUGUUUUCUAUAUUAAGUUGAGAGAGCGGGAAGAAAAAGUUAGAUAUAUGUUCAAAUGAAAAAACCUCUUUAUUUUAAAUUCCUUCUAGGAUAAAGGUAGAAAAAUAAAGAAAAUGUGUCUAAAGAACAAACUCAAAUUGAAUAAAUGUUUACCAGUCAUGGAAUAACACAGUAAACUUAUGGUUUGGUAUAAA